CUAGUUCCUGCUCGAAGGAGUUAUCUGACAAUUCAGUUUGCAGUUCUUCCCAGUCGACCAUUAGGAUUAGACAUCGACCAUUUUGUGACCAAGUAUUGAGACUGCUUAGCAACAAUUCAUUUACCUCACAGCCUGGACCGCGACAGACCAAACCAAUCAGCAGUUCUUGUCCUUUGCAUUUCAAGCGGCAACUAGCUACUUCACAUGUCCCACUGUCAUGGGAUACACUCAUUCAGUCAUUUAUUUGGCUGAAUAGAGUUCUGGCAUUAUAGCUGAUGUCAGUUCGUGAUGGAAAGCCUAAAUAUAAUUCCUAACCUUAAACAUCAAAUGUAAAUCAUAAUCCCUAUCCUUCAAACCGCUUAAUAAUCUUCAUUUGGUUCUAGUUAUUAGGCGGGUACUCUCAAGGUCAUUUUAGAGUCGCUCAAAGGUCGUCCAUAAAAGUCUCACCUCGUGCGGAUUGUCGCGGUGGCGCACCAAUCGCUUUAUGACGGUUUGACCUUCAAGAGCUCAGUGGCCUCCAUCAGUGAACGACACCCCUAGGAUCGUCCUGGUUGCGGAAAUCAGCGUAAAAAAAUGACAAGACUUGUCAAGCUAAUUUGCUUCCAAGUCCCAUCGGUAAAGCUAAGUGUCUCACGUUUCCCCUAUCAACAAUGGCCAGUAAGGCCAUAUCGUUCAGUUAGUUCAGCGAGUAACAGCUCUGUCACCGCAUCAGAAAAACGUGAAAACCUUCCACUAGCUAGUGUAACUGAGAAAGUAAAACAAACGACUAAAGAUGUUGGGUAUUUUACGGUAGUCCUUGGUGGCUUUGUGCUUACAGGCACUAUCUUAUAUGCAAUAAUUCAAGAACUUUUUUCAUCCAGGAGCCCUAAUGGUGUUUAUGACGAUGCCUUCAGAAUUUGUAAGACUGACAGUCGAGUGCUUGAUUUUUUUGGAAGUUCUCUCAAGGCUCGUACCAGCCCCGAUAGUCGUCGUAGAAGACAAAAUAUUGCCUAUGACUCAUGGCAUGAUGACAAAGGUCGACUGCAUAUGGCAAUGAAAUUUUACAUUAAAGGCAAUUUGGCAUCUGGUGUAGUUUAUCUCGAGGUUGUUGAAAAUGAAUCUAAAGAAUUUGAUUAUCGAUAUCUGAUUGUAGAAACAGAAGGUGGUUUCUCAAAGAAACAAAUUAUACUUCGUUCGUCCUCAGAAGUUGAUAAUCCUAAUUUAUAAGUGAUCAAUGAUUAAAUGCACUAGAAAGAAAUGCAAAUUUGAUAUCAUUCUGUAUACAUGAAUAAUUCCACAUGUAUAAUCUAUACAUAUUCAGCCGAUAUAAAAUUUUCUGUUCAUAUUUUUUCUAGUGGGUAAUUAAAUCAAACCAUCUAUCGUUUGCCUUAUAUACACAUGGCGCGUUGCAUUUUCUUUAUAUUUAUAAGAGUGAACAAGAUUCUUAGGAACUUGAAGUGAUUAUAAUCGGCGUUUAAUGCUUUCACACAAAUUGAAUGAUUUGUAUAGCGCAUAUAUAUUUGGUGCCUCUAACCAAUGUUUACGUGUUAAAAUAAAUAAGUAAGUUUAAUGCUAUCCUCUUAACGUAAUUAGUUCGUGAGCACGUAAACCUUUGACUGAGGUACCUAGGAUAGGCGUUACGCAUCCCCAAUCAUCACCUACCCCGACACGUAAUUCUGUCUGAUAGAAAAGUAGGUUAUGGAAAGGACAUAGCACUAAGCAUGAGGGCGGAACAAUCAUUGUUAAAGUGGAUCCCUGUUAACAGUCGUUUAUGUGCUGUUCGGCUAAACGACUCCGUAAGAACUCGGAAGGAUAGGGACACACGUCGUUGCCUUUUUGUCGUUUCUGCCUACGCUCCCACUGACUGCAGCUCAGAUGAAGUGAAAGAUGAAUUUUACAGAAAGCUAUCUGAACUUCUUCAGAAAGCUAAACGUUCAGACAUAGUACUCGUAGCAGGUGACUUUAAUGCCCAGAUAGGUCGCUUAAACCAAACAGUAAGAUAUUUAGAUGGGUAUUUCGGGAAUCCAGAUCAGCGAACAGAUAAUGGUGAUCGUCUGCUGCAACUGUGCUCAGACAAUCGUUUAUUUUUAGCAAACACAAAUUUUAAGCAUAAGGAGAGACAUCGUCUAACACGGCGACCCCCUACACCAAACCAACGAUGGACUCAAAUAGACCAUAGUGCCAUCAGUCAUCGUUGGUGAGGGUCGGUAGAAGAUUGUCGCUCAUUCUGGAGUACCUGCUUGGACUCCGACCACGCCCUCAUACGGGCACGCAUCUACUUGCGCCUCACUGGACGCAAAAAUGCCUCAGUAAAAAAAACUCAUUAGAACUGAAUUGAGUAACGAGGAAACCAAAAGUAGGUUCCAGGAACAACUGAGGUCACACUUAGGUAGUUUUGAAAACGAGGCUCACCAAGAUGUUGCUUGGAAAGCUAUACAAACAGCUGUGGAAACAGCAAUGACAUUUAUUAGUGAUUUAAACCAGAGUUACAAAGAACCAAUGGAUUUCCUCAAGGUCUAUUGCACUGAUGGGUCCUCACAAACUCAUUCCAUCAGGCUCUGAACACGAUGAAGAGCGACAACAAAUCAGAUCUAGGUUAACCAAAAGUCUACGGAACGACCGUGAGCAGUGGUGGGCAAUGGAAGCAAAAGAGAUGGAAAAAGCGGCGGCUGUAUGGAACACAAGACAGCUCUACAGAGUAAUAAAAGAAGCUGGAAUUACUAAGUCAAGUGUAAGCCAGACUAUUUCGGAAAAAGACGACACUCAUCUGCUCCUAGUCCAGACGUUUAGAACGAUGGUUGGAACACUUUAGAGAACAGUUCAGCUGGUCUUCAGCUACUCUACAACUACCCACCAUUCCCAGACAGUGUGGAUGGAACUUUGAAGUAGGUCCCUCAACUCUAGCAGAAGUUCAAAAGGCUAUAGUUAAUCUGAAACGAGGAAGAGCAGAUGGAUUGGCUCCAGAGGUCUUUAAGGGUUGUGGUCCAUUUUUAGCGAUUAGGUUGACUAAUAUUUUAGUUAAAACCUGGGAGCUAGACAUUAUCCCAUUUGACUGGUCACAAUCACUUGUCGUCCCAAUAUAUAAGAGAGGGUUAAAAUCAUCCUGUGACAACCGUGGAGGGAUUAGUUUAACUAAUAUCGUAUCUAGAAUACUAGCCUCGAUAAUUAUCAGAC